GCGCAUGUUCGGCAGCCACAAGGCGGUGGAGAUCGAGCAGCGCCGCGUGCAGUCGGCCGGGCCCUGGAUCAUCCACCCCUACAGCGACUUCAGGUUCUACUGGGACCUCAUUAUGCUCCUGCUGAUGGUGGGGAACCUGAUCAUCCUGCCCGUAGGCAUCACCUUCUUCAAGGACGAGAACACGCCGCCCUGGAUCGUCUUCAACGUGCUCUCCGACACCUUCUUCCUGGCCGACCUGGUACUGAACUUCCGCACAGGCAUCGUAGUGGAGGACAACACAGAGAUCAUCCUGGACCCCCACACCAUCAAAACAAAGUACCUUAAGAGCUGGUUCCUGGUUGACUUCAUCUCCUCCAUCCCUGUUGACUACAUCUUCCUCAUCGUCGACCUGGAGACUCAGGUGGACUCAGACGUCUACAAGACAGCGCGGGCUCUGCGCAUAGUGCGCUUCACCAAGAUCCUCAGCCUGCUGCGCCUGCUGCGCCUCUCUCGCCUCAUCCGCUACAUCCACCAGUGGGAGGAGAUUUUCCACAUGACCUAUGACCUGGCCAGCGCUGUGGUGCGGAUCUUCAACCUAAUCGGCAUGAUGCUACUGCUGUGCCACUGGGACGGCUGCCUCCAGUUCCUGGUGCCCAUGCUGCAGGACUUCCCCGAGGACUGCUGGGUCUCCAUCAAUCACAUGGUGAAUGACUCAUGGGGGAAACAGUACUCGCACGCCCUGUUCAAGGCCAUGAGCCACAUGCUGUGCAUUGGCUACGGGCAGCAGGCCCCAGAGGGCAUGACCGACGUCUGGCUCACUAUGCUUAGCAUGAUCGUGGGUGCCACCUGCUACGCUAUGUUCAUUGGCCACGCCACCGCCCUCAUCCAGUCACUGGACUCAUCCCGUCGACAGUACCAGGAGAAGUACAAGCAGGUGGAGCAGUACAUGUCGUUCCACAAGCUGCCCGGUGACAUGCGCCAACGCAUCCAUGAGUACUAUGAGCACCGCUACCAGGGCAAGAUGUUCGACGAGGAGAACAUCCUGGGAGAGCUGAGUGAGCCACUCAAGGAGGAAAUCAUCAACUUCAACUGCCGGAACCUGGUGGCCAACAUGCCGCUGUUCGCCAACGCCGACCCCAACUUCGUGACGGCCAUGCUAACCAAGCUGCGCUUUGAGGUCUUCCAGCCUGCUGACUUCAUUGUCCGCGAGGGCACUGUGGGCAAGAAGAUGUACUUCAUCCAGCACGGUGUCGUCAGCGUCCUCACCAAGGGCAACAAGGAGACCAAACUCUCUGAUGGCUCCUACUUUGGGGAGAUCUGCCUGCUGACGCGGGGCCGUCGCACAGCCAGCAUCCGCGCUGACACCUACUGCCGCCUCUACUCGCUCUCUGUGGACAACUUCAACGAGGUGCUGGAGGAAUACCCCAUGAUGCGCAGGGCCUUCGAGACUGUUGCCAUGGACCGCCUGGACCGCAUCGGCAAGAAGAACUCCAUCUUGCUGCGAAAGCGGGCAGAGCACAGCUCGGGGCCUGUGAACAGCGAAAUGGUCCAGCAGAUUGUCAAGCAUGACCGCGACAUGGCGCGCAGCAUCCAGGGCCUGCAGCAGGUGGCCGUGGGCCGGGAGCUGAGUGGCAAGCCAGUGAUCUGGGAGCCCCUGGUGCAUGCACCACUGCAGACAGCUGCCGCCACCACCAACGUGGCCAUUGCCCUGACCCACCAGCAGAGCCUGCAGGCCCACAUCUUCCUGCCCCCCUCGUCCAUAGCCAGCCCGCUUUCACCUGACGCUGUGCUGCUCCCCAGGCAGGUGCGCCGGUCCCAGCCUAGCCUGGGGGGCUCCCGGCCCUCUUCGGUGAGCUCCCCGUCAGGGGCACCAUCCCACAUCCACACACCGGCGGCCGGCUCGCCGUCCUCCCCAUUGGUCCAGUCCCAGUCAUCCUUGGAGAGCACGGGGCAAAGACCAGGCCCUGGGGCACAGCCCUUGCCCAGGGGGGUGCCAAAGGGGGAGCCACCUGCCAAAGCAAAGCAGCCCCUGAUGGGCUCCCAGCCCCAGCUCUCCAAGUCCCGAGGCACCUCAGCCUCCACCUCACUCCUGCAGCAGCCAGCGGGAGCCCCAUCACCCAGCUCCGAGCAGGCACUCACAGCAGGGAGAACGCUCCACUACAGCCUCUCCCGAGCCACUGGCUCCCACAUCUCCCUGCUGAUGCAGCCACAGCAGCUGGUGAAGCACCGCAGCAUCCAAGGCCUGCCUAUCGGGAGGCUCACCCAGGAUGUCCGGCUGCUGUCAGCCUCCCAGCCCUCUCUGCCCAAUAAAAUCUCCCAGCACAUGGACGGAGGGGCCGCCCAGCCGGGCCGGAAGUCGGCAGGGAACCUGGCUCACAGGUCAUCUCCGUCGGUACCUGGACUCCUCGCCAAGGCAUCCCCGGGGGCCGCGGGGCAGCCAGCACUGCCACAGCAGGCACCGCCAGGCCUGCCGGCUCAGCCCGGCCGGCCCCUGAAUGGAGCCUCCACCCCACAGUCCCCCGUUUCCAUGCCCCGGCAUGCAGCAGGGCCCUCCCGCAAGGGUUCUGUGGCCUUCAGUCCAGAGGUGGAAACAGGGAAACCGAAACUGUCGUCCAACAUUAACAAGCUGGAGGAGAGAACAGGGGCAGGGAGAUUUUGCCUGAUUGCAGCUCAGAGUUUAAGCAUUAAGUAGAUUAAAUCAAGGUAAGUAGAUGAGCAAAGGGCUGGGAGUGUGGGGAAGCAGAACCCAUGGGGCAAGGGCCCAGAGCCGUGACCCCGUGGCCCAGGCAUUGCUCCUGCUCCUCUCCUGCCUGCCGGCGCUUCCAGGCCUGGAGGCCACAUAGCCACUCGGACCUGGCGAGGGAGGGAACUCCUGCCACAAUCCCACACCGAGCUCCCCAGCAGGGCCCUGCCACUGCCCUAUCAGAGUCCCAGGGCGGCGCAGCACUUCGUACCUGGUUUGCCAGGUUGGAUCCACUCCCCAGGCCACACUGUGGAGUGCAGGAGCUGUGUCCCUCUGUGUCUGCAUCCAGCACCAGCAUCGAGGCCUGCAAGGCGUGCAGGGCAGCUGUGCAGUUUGCAGGCAUUAGGCUUGGUGGCAGAUAAUGAGAUGAGCCCUGAUUAACAGGUUUCUUGAUAAUUUGAUUAUUUCGGAUCAGGCUGGGCCCCACACAAGGAGAUGCCAGAUGCUCCCUCUGUGCAGCUUCCUGUUUGCAGAGGCCAGACCCCAUCUCCUGGGCCCAGCCUGCCAGACCAUGGGGGCAGCCAUGGGAAGAGAAGAGAGCAUCUGCCUGAAACAUCGUCUCCACCCAU